AAAAUGCCCCUACAAACAUCACUGCAAUGCUUCGAGAAAACAGAGACAGAACCACCAAACAGAGCACAGAGAGAAGACGAAGGAGAGGAAAAGGGCAGCGGCAGACCAAAACAACCCCAAAAAUCCCCAUUUUCUCCUCACGCCCUCUCCUUCUCUCUCCAAGGAGAAUCCUCCUCAGAUCGAACCCUCCAGAACCUUCUAGAAGAAACCUCCCCCACCUUGUAAAUUCUCUCUUCCCAUUCUACCCCUCCUCUCUCGAUUCUCGCCAUGAACAUCUACGGUCAGAUUCCUCCUCAUUCAAUAGAAGGGUCCCAGUCGGAGUGGAACUCUCCCGCGCCCGAAACGGGCCUUGAAGAAUCCAUGUGGCAGUUGGGAUUGGGCGGUGGUGGCGGCAGCAGCGGAGGGGACCCGUACCCGGAGCGGCCCGGCGAGGCGGAUUGUGUCUACUACAUGCGUACUGGGUUCUGUGGAUACGGUGCCAGGUGCCGUUACAAUCAUCCACGUGAUCGUAGCACGGUUGCUGGAGUUGUUAGAACUGGAGGAGGUGAGUUUCCGGAACGGGUUGGCCAACCUGUAUGCCAGUAUUUUUUGAAGACUGGGACUUGCAAAUAUGGUGCUACAUGCAAGUACCACCACCCAAGAUAUGGAGGUGGAGUAGAGAAUCUGGUGUCACUAAAUUAUUAUGGAUACCCACUGCGACCGGGCGAGAAAGAGUGCUCCUACUAUGUGAAAACGGGGCAGUGCAAGUUCGGUGUAACCUGUAAAUUCCAUCAUCCACAACCAGCUGGCAUUUCGGUGCCAGCACCUGCACCCACAUUUUAUCCCACGGUGCAGUCUCCUUCAGUUCCUUCUCCUCAAUAUGGUAUGGCCAGCUGGCAAGUUGCACGGCCACAGCUGGUACCCAGUUCAUAUGUGCAAGGGCCUUAUGGUCCUAUGUUGCUGUCUCCAGGGGUGCUUCAAGUACCAGGUUGGAGCCCUUAUCCGCCACUUGUAAGUCCAGUAGCAUCUCCUGGUACACAACAUGCUGUUGGAACGAGUUCGUUGUAUGGAUCAACGCAUCAGUUAUCUCCUUCGGCACCUGCAUACGUUGGGCCGUUUUCACCCUCAUCUUUCCCUGCUGGACCUUCAAGCAGUACUCAGAAGGAACACAUGUUUCCACAAAGACCUGGCCAACCUGAAUGUCAAUUCUACAUGAAAACGGGAUAUUGUAAAUACGGUUCCUCAUGUAGAUACCAUCAUCCGUCAGAAAGGAGUAUGCCAAAAACAACUUGGGCGGGCCUCCCUCUGCGUCCAGGGGCACCACCUUGCACUUUCUAUACGCAACAUGGUUACUGUAAGUUUGGGCUGCUGUGCAAAUUCGAUCAUCCAAUGGCAACACUGAGUUAUGGCCUGUCUGCUUCUUCCCUCGCUGAUAUGCCAGUCGCUCCCUAUGCGGUGGGAGCAACCCUGGCCCCAUCUUCCUCAUCCUUGGAGCUACGGUCGGAAUUCACUUCAGGAUCGAACAAUGAUUCUUUUUCAGUUAGGAUGCCAUUGUCAGAGAACAUGCCAAGUGUAUCAGUUGAUUCGAUUUUAUCAAAGGGCAGUGGGUCGGUUCCACCGUCUCAUGUCCAAUUCUCCAUUCAUAGUUCUGCUCCUUCGAGCAGUAGCCGUACCACAGGUCGUGGCGGUGCGAGUUCCUAGUUUAAGCUGAGCAUUACCCAAACCAUUUUUAACCGUCUCCUCAUGGAUCAAACUUCAUGCAUCCACAUUAUGUUGGUUGUUGUUGUUGUUGUUACUGUUGUACUCGUGGGAUCUUUAAUAUAGUCUGUCACGUGUUUCUUUCUCAGUUAAGAAGAACUUCAUUUCCAUUCUUCAAGGUUCUGUCACCCUAUCCAGGUCCAAUUUCCCUUGUGUCUACAUAAUCUUUAAAUGAAUAAGCUAUCCUAUCCUCAAAAGGUAUGGUAACCUAGCAGUCAUCUGCUUUCCUUUUCAAAUAAUUGCCUUGGAAAGCUUUUUCUUUCACAACGUAAAAACUGUGACCCUUAAGCUCUAGAGCCUUUUACUCAAUGCUCUGAUGUUUUCGAAGUGAAGAGGGCCAGGUCUGUUCUGGGCAGCCAUUUUUUUCCCUUUGUUCUUUCUUUAUUUAUUUUUUUAAAGUUCCCUGUAGUGUGAACACUGAGCAUGCCCUUUUCUUUUCUCUUUCCUUCUUUCGGAACUGACUUCCGAUAUUGGCACUGUAAGCCUUAUUUUCUUCGCAUAUUAAACAGGUAUUGGAAGUUUUUUUUUCUCUUCCUUUUGGCCCAAAAAUUUAUUAUGGGCAGAGGAGUAGAAACUGCAAAUGGGCCAUCACCCAAUCUGAGACAAGGGAAAUUGUUGCUAUGUGAUGAGACUUGAACUGCUUGAUAAGAGCCUAUAUAGUAUUGAAAUAAGUAUAGUUCCUUGACA